AUGGCGAUGGCGUCGCCGCCAGCCUGCUCCCUCCUCCUCCCGGCCAUUCCAUCCGCGCCGGCCUACGCUAGUGUCCCACGAGCGCCCCGGUUCCUCACCUGCCCCCGCGCUGUAACGGCCCACCGACCCCUUCCCACGGCCUCCUCACCUAAGGUCGCGGCGCCCGCGGCCAUCGAGAUCCCAGAGGAGUACGCGGAUGAUGUCGAAGCGGUGAACAUCGCGGUGGACGUCACUCAGCUAAUUGGAAAGACCCCAAUGGUAUACCUAAAUAAUGUCGUUGAAGGUUGUGUUGCGAACAUUGCCGCAAAGCUCGAGUACAUGGGGCCUUGCCGAAGCGUCAAAGACAGGAUUGCAUUAAGCAUGAUUAGUGAUGCAGAAGAGAAAGGAUUAAUUUCUCCAAACAAGACCAUUUUGGUAGAACCAACUACUGGGAAUACUGGUAUAGGACUAGCUGCAGUAGCUGCUGCUAGAGGAUACAAAAUGAUAGCAACUAUGCCUUCAUCGAUAGAUGUUGAGAGACGCAUCCUUGUACGUGCAUUUGGAGCAGAUAUUGUGUUAACUGAUCCUACAACAGGACUAAAAGGAGCUGUUGACAAAGCUGAGGAAAUAGUUUCGAAGACACCGAAUGCAUACAUGUUUCAGCAAUUCAACAAUUCAGCUAACAGUGAGAUCCACUUUCAAACCACAGGCCCAGAAAUAUGGGAGGACACACUGGGUACUGUUGACAUACUUGUUGCGAGCAUUGGGACUGGCGACACUAUCACCGGCACUGGGCGCUACUUAAAAAUGAUGAAUAGAGAUAUUAAGGUCAUCGGGGUAGAACCUGCUGAAACUAGUGUGAUUUCUGGCGACAAGCCAGGUUAUAUUCCAAGCAUACUAGAUGUUCAGCUCCUUGAUGAGGUUGUGAAGGUUACCACUGCAGAGGCAGUUGAUGUUGCAAGGCUACUUGCACUAAAAGAGGGCUUGCUGGUUGGCAUUUCGUCAGGUGCUGCAGCAAUUGCUGCUAUAAACGUGGCCAAAAGACCUGAAAAUGCUGGAAAGCUGAUUGCGGUUAUCUUCCCCAGCUUUGGAGAAAGAUAUAUCUCUAGCAUUUUGUUCCGGCCGAUAUACAACUCUGUUCGAAGAAUGAGGAAGAGAUGA